UUCGGAUUUUGGGAAGGGAGGGAGAAUGGCGAGCGACAAGGAGUUGGAAAACCUCAUCAACGAAGCGAUCUGCUCGAUCUGCUUGGAGUUUUACACGGAGCCGGUGAUGAUAGACUGCGGGCACAGCUUUUGCAGGAUCUGCAUCCUCAGUUACUGGGACAAGAACAGCGAAAGCAUCUCCUGCCCCAAGUGCAGGGAGGUGUUCCCGCAGAGGAACGUCAGGCUGAACCGCUUCGCGGCCAACAUGGUCGAGAGUGUCCGCAAGCUCAGCUCCAAGCCCAAGGAGACCAGCUCCCUGCGCUGUGAACAGCACGACGAGAAACUCAAGCUCUUCUGCGACAACGACAAGACCGCCAUCUGCGUGGUGUGCGCCGUCUCUCAUGAGCACAAAGACCACAAGAUCAGCCCCCUGAAGGAUGUCGCCGAGAUCUACAAGGUAAAGGCAGCUGCAAGAGGGAACCGCACCCCACCACCUUUGAUGAAGGGAAAGCUGCAGACUGCACUGGACAUACUGAACAAGCAAGUGGACGAAAUUUCCAACAGCCAAAGCCACCAGCAGGCGAAUAUAGCCGAGCUGAGGAAACAAGCUGAUGCCAUGAGGAAGAACAUCGAGUCUGAGUUUGCCAAGAUGCGCCAAUACCUGCGGGACGAGGAAAAGAUCCUGAUGGGCAAGAUUAAGAAGAAGGAAGACAGCAUCCUGCAGCAGCUGGAGGAGAACCUGAAGGCAGCCUCAGCAGAGAGGGCCCUGUUGAAUGAACGUAUCGUGGAUGUACAGCAGAGGAUGACUAUGAAGGAUGCAGAGAUCCUCAAGGACAUAAAAUUAUUCCUUGAUGGAACGGAGAGAGCCAAAAUCAAACCCACAGAUUCCAGUUUUAGACUGAAUCUGUACGAUCCUAUUGGACCGCUGCAGUAUAUAGUCUGGAAACGGAUGCUGAAGGUCAUCAAUCCAGUUCCAGCCCUCCUGACGCUGAACCCCCAGACCGCGCACCCUCGGCUCCUCCUGUCCGACGAGGACACCCAGGUGAGGAGGGGCGAGUGGAAGAAGGUGCCCGAGUUCCCCGAGCGCUUCAACUUCCUGCUGAGCGUCCUGGCCACGCAGGGCUUUAACACCGGCCGGCACUACUGGGAGAUAGACGUGGGCAACAACACAGCCUGGGAUGUGGGAGUGGCCAAAGCCUCGGUGGCCAGGAAGGCCAUACCGGAGAACGGGGUCUGGGCGGUGGGUCUGUGGGACCAGGAAUACACUGCCUUCACCAACCCUCGCACCGUCCUGCACCUGGGAGGCAUGGUUCCCAAGCAGGUGGGGGUCUACCUGGACUACGAGGAGGGGCAGGUCUCGUUUUACAAUGCCAUCUCGAUGGCCCACAUCUACACCUUCAUGGAGAACUUCGCCGAGACUGUCUACCCUUACUUCAGCACCGAGAGCAGAACGGACCCUCUGAAGCUGGUGACCCUGCAGCUGUAAUCCUUGGUGGCACCCGAAGGGGGUGCUCUCUCCACUGAUAACCUUUCGAGCAGCAGGUGG